CAAGUCAAAAUCAAGUUCAACAGAUUAUCUCAAAGGACUACAAAAAUGGCGGAUGAACUACAAUGACCCGGAAAGAGAACUCACCACACAGCUGCUGCAGGAACUUUCAAAGGACGGCAAAUGUCGUAGUUGCAACUAAUUAAUCAAGCAUCAGACAGUAACGGGCAGAAAGACUCUUUUCUCAUUUCUGAAUGCUAAAACCCAUGCAAAAUCCAUCUACAAACCCCGGAGAAGCAGCCGCUCUUUUGACAGCAUGAAGAACCGAGAAAUGAAGUUCAUCAAUCAAGGCCUGGAGGAUGAGAUGGAGGUGUGGGGUUACCGUCCCUGUCUGUGGAAAAUGAUCCUGGUAGGUGUUGGUGCCGUUUGCUCUGGUGGUCUCCUGCUCCUGCUGCUCUACUGGAUUCCCGAGUGGGGGGUCAAAGCCACGUGCACACUAAGUUCACUGAGGGAAGCACACACACUGCUACUCAGGACAACGGAUGACUUCAGGCAGUGGGUUCGUGCCAAAGUACACAUGAUGCUGGCUCCAGGGAAGACCCCCUUUGAUAGUGUGGAUCAUCAGUCCACAGCUCCUUUUCCGAAUGAACAUCACCACCAAAGACUCACUGGUGAACUUAAGGAUCAAAAUGGAAAUUUCAACAACAGAGAAUCCAUCAACAUUGUGCACUACUUCACCCACAACAGCAUCAAAUACUACUGGAAUGAAGGCACACAGGACUUUGAAACAUUUAAAGGCUUGGAGGACACAAAGGUGAGCUGUGGAGGCAUUCACAGAGACCACAGCAAUGGACUCACUAAAACCAUACAGGACUACAGAGCUUUGUUUUUUGGGAAGAAUGACAUUGAUGUAAAAGUGCCAUCUUUAUUCAAAGUCUUUGUAAAAGAGGUCUUGAACCCAUUUUACAUCUUCCAACUCUUCGCUAUUAUUCUGUGGGCUGUUCAGGACUACUUCCCUUAUUCUCUGACCAUGUUGAUUUUAUCUUUAAUUUUAAUAGCUGCCUCUCUGUAUUCCAUAAGAAAGCAUUAUGUGAAACUGCAUUACUUGGUGGUCGCCCACAGUUUGGUACAAGUUUCAGUGUGCAGAAGAAAUAAAGAUGUCGAACAGGUCAUGUCGACUGAGCUUGUACCCGGUGAUGUCAUCACUAUUCCAACCAAUGGGAUCAUCAUGCCCUGUGACGCCGUGCUCAUUUGUGGCACCUGCAUUGUGAACGAGAGCAUCUUGACAGGAGAGAGUGUCCCUGUUACUAAGACCAGUUUGCCAAGUUCAGGCGAUGACGCAGAGAGGAUCUACAAUACAGAGGAACACAAGCGACACACCCUCUUCUGCGGCUCACAUGUUAUCCAAAGCCAUUACUAUGCUGGCACGCUGGCGAAGGUGGUCGUGGUCAGAACAGGCUUCAGUACAGAAAAAGGCCAGCUUGUGCGCUCCAUCCUUCACCCUAAACCCACCAACUUCAAACUGCACCGUGAUGCUACGCAGAGCCUGAUGUGCUUGGGGGUGUUGGCAUUUCUUGGUUUCAUCUACACCAUCGUUGUUGAUGUCGUAUUGAGGGUUCCUAUUAAGAACCUCAUCUUCGACGCUCUGAACAUCCUUGUUGUUGCUGUACCUCCGAUCUUACCCGUGGCAUUGACUGCCGGUCUGGUGCACGCACAGCGGCGCAUGAAGCAAGUCGGCAUUUUUUGUAUCAGUCCGCAAAGGAUCAACAUUUCCGGUCAGCUGAACCUGGUCUGCUUUGACAAGACUGGCACGCUCACUGAAGACUAUUUGGACCUUUGGGGUAUUCAGAGAGCUGAAGAUGGCAUUUUUUUGGCUCCAGCCGCUGAGGUAUCUAAAAAGACUUGUUUUGCUGCCUGCAUGGCUACUUGCCAUUCCUUGAUCACCAUGGAAGGCAAACUCUGUGGAGACCCAUUAGACGUCAAGGUGUUCAGCGCCACUGGCUCGAUUCUUGAGGAGGCAACUGAAUACCACACUGCACUAUACAAUGCCAGAAUUUCCAAAGUUGUUAAAUUUCCAGAUCAGGCUGGUGAGUUUGGCAUUGUGCACGAGUUCCCCUUCUCCUCGGCGCUACAGAGGAUGAGUGUGGUAGCCCGGCAGCUAGGACAAAAUCACUUUGGCAUCUACCUGAAAGGAGCACCAGAGACUGUGGCUAACCUCUGCAAACCACACACAGUCCCACAGAGUUUAACAGAGACUCUGGAGUGUUAUACCACACAGGGGUUCAGGGUUAUCGCCCUGGCACAUCACCAACUGCAGUCUGAACUCUCCCUGCUCGAAGUCCACAGCCUCUGCCGAGAGCAGAUAGAGACCAACAUGGACUUCCUUGGUUUGAUCAUCAUGCAGAACAAAAUCAAAGAAGAGACUGCUGGCGUGUUGCUUGAGUUACGACAGGCGAACAUUCGAACUUUGAUGGUUACAGGUGACAACAUGUUGACAGCAAUAUCGGUGGCUCGCGGCUGUGGAAUGAUUCAAGUUCGUGAGAAAGUCAUUAUUGCUGAUGCUGUGCCUCCUAAUGAUCAAAACCCCGCUAGUAUCACAUGGCGCUACUCUGAGAACAUUGAUCUGGAAAAUAAUCAGAUGACUGAGAUCAGCUUUUCAGGUGAUGGGGUGCACAGUGUGGAGGACCCGGACUAUCACUUUGCUGUGAGUGGCCGAGCGUUCGCUAUCAUCACUGAGCACUUUCCACAACUUUUCCAGAAGCUCCUCCUGAGAGCCACAGUGUUUGCCCGCAUGACUCCAGACCAGAAGACUCAGCUGGUGCAAGCUCUGCAGAGCAUCGAUUACACGGUUGGGAUGUGUGGGGAUGGUGCGAAUGACUGUGGGGCCCUGAAGAAAGCUCACAGUGGGAUCUCGCUUUCUGAGCUGGAGGCCUCUGUUGCUUCCCCCUUCACCUCCUCCAUCCCAAACAUCUCCUGCAUUACCAACCUCAUCAGGGAAGGCCGUGCUUCUCUUAUUACAACUUUCUGCGUGUUCAAAUUCAUAUACCUCUUCAGCCUCAUCAUGUUCUGCAACGUCAUUCUCCUCUACGUGGUUCUCAGCAAUUUCGGUGACUUGCACCUCUUAAUCGACACUGUGAUUCUUUCUGUAGUCAUUUUUACAAUAAGUUUGAACCCUGCAUGGAAGAAGCUUGUGCGACGCGCCCCCCCAACCAGUCUGAUGUCCGGCCUGGUGCUCUCCUCAAUUUUGUUUCAGAUCUUCAACAGCCUACUCUUUCUGAUUUUUACUUUCGUCUUAGUGCAACAACAAAGUUGGUAUCAGACUCCUGAGGAAAUGAAACACAAUGAGUCCAGCUUCAUUGACGCAUACAGCCUCAAUCAAACUGAAGCUGAAGGCCUCUAUAUCAUCAAGAGCUUUGAAAGCACUUCCCUCUUCUACGUUUCUGCCUUCCAGUAUUUGAUUGUCGCUGUUGUCUUCUCCAAAGGAAAACCCUUUAGACAACCAAGCUAUAAAAACUGGUCAUUUGUGUUGACCUGCACUAUUCUCUAUGCUUUCCUCCUGUUCAUCAUGCUGUAUCCCAUUCCUGCUGUGGACGAGAUGAUGGAGUUUGCAACCAUUCCCUAUGACUGGCGCAUUACGCUGCUGAUCAUUAUUUUGGCACAUGCUGUUCUGUCUCUUAUACUGGAGAAUUUGAUCCUUGACACUUUGUGGAAGUUUGUUCCAACCAAUACGGGUGUAAAGUGGACCACCACAUCCCAAACUGCUAACACAACACAGAUGGUGAAUGACUGUUGGUGCUCGGCCUUCCUCUCCAGGAUCUUCCUUCGGAAAAACCGGCCCCCGAAGACUAAAUACAAGUGUCUGACUCUGAAGCUGCAGGAGGAGGUUGACUGGCCUCCUGCACCUUCCACCAUCACCUAUGCCAGCAGGCCUCAGUACCACAUAUCUGUCCCAUUUUGACACCAAUAAUCAUGAUAGUGGCCUCCCAUCUUAUAGAUACCAUGUCUAUCGAUACCAUGUCUCAUCUGGUGCUUUGUUCACUUUAACAAACAAACAAAUGAUAGAUAGAGAGACAGACAGACAAUUUAACUGAAUAACUGAAGACUUUUGGAUCAGUUGUCAGAGAACAUCUGUGAUUACAGAUUGUCCCUAAACCCAAGAUUAGAUUUUAGAUUUUUACAUUAAAGAACAUUUGGAGCAAUGGCUUAGUAGAUUGCAGUUGUUUUGUGAGGAAAAACUGGGAUGUCAUACUGUCAUAGAAGACAACAACUGGAUGGAUGGAUGGACGUAUGAAUGGUUAUUUAUCCCCAUGAGGAAAUCCAUGCCUUCCCCUGUCUGAAAUAAAUAACAGAUGGUUACCUCUAGGUUGCAACAGAGAGACUGAAGAGUCACAGAAAGGCAUAGAAGUGGCUGUCCAUGGAAAUGGAUUGUUCCCUUGCUGGAUCGAACACCUAAUAGGAAUUUUGCCAUUGAGCUGAUUGUAUGUGAGAGAGAGAACAGCUCGUUGGACAAAAAUGACUGAAACAUUUUACAGGUGUGCAUUGAAAUGUUUAGAGAAGGUCCAUUUAAGUUCAACUCUUAAAGGUUAUAGUGCAUUUAGGUUGAUCCUGAAAUUUCACCCAGAAGCCAAAUAUCCCUGACUUUUUGUGAGGAUCGUGUCCGAUCUUGCAGUCACCUUGGUAAUUAUCUUAUUUGUAUCAGAUUUUUUUCACAUUUGGAAGAAACCCAAUUCGGAUCUAAGCCUACCAAAUUACAUUUUUGACCCAUAUACGAAUUGGGCCACUUGGGAUAUAUAUACAUACAAUAUAUACAUAUAUAUAUAUAUAUAUUUAUUUAUUUUUUUGACACUUUUGACACUUGAACCAUGAAGUGUAAAUCCACACAAACUGUGCUGCAUCAUUGAUUGAACCAAAAGUAAAAAUGAGAGUAAAAGGACACCUGAAGUAAAACUUACCUUAAAGUGAGGUAGUCACACAUUCCAUUUCUUUGUAACACUGACAAGUACAAAAAAAAAAAAUAAAAUCACUGUAGUGGUCCACAUGCACAAAUUUUAUCUUAUGAUGUUAUUUUAAGUUAUUAUCUACAAGAGAGGCCGGCACGGUGACGAUUGGUUAGCACAUCUGCCUCACAGUUCUGGGGACCGGGGUUUAAAUCCCGGCCCCGCCUGUGUGGACUUUAAAUUGCCUGUAGGUGUGAAUGUGAGUGUGUAUGGUUGUUUGUUUCUAUGUGCCCUGCGAUUGGCUGGCGACCGGUUCAGGGUGUACCCCGCCUCCCGCCCGAAGAUAGCUGGGAUAGGCUCCUGCAACCCGCGACCCUAAUGAAGCUAAGCGGUAAAGAAAAUGGCUGGAUGGAUGGAUCUACAAGAGAGCACAUAGUUGUACUUAAUCAAUUGUUAACUGAGAUGCAACUGCAAGAAGAAGUAUGUAUACUCUUUGGAAUUACCAGGAUUUCUGCAUAAAAUGUUUCGAAAAUAUGAUCCGUUUGGAAGGAACGCACAAUGCUAUGUUUGGAGAAAAGAAGGCACCGCACACCACCAUCAAAACCUCAUAUGGUGGAAGCGGCAUCAUGGUUUUGGACUGCUUAUUACCUCAGGGCCUGGAUGCAUUGCUAUCAUCAACCGGGAAAUACAUUUUCCGUAUUUAUUAAGACAUUUUGCAAGAGAACUUAAGACCAUCUGUCUGCCAAUUGAAGUUAAAUAGAUGAUGAUUAUGUAUUUAUGGAUGAAACAGGACAAUGACCGAAAAGACAAAAGUAAAUCAACAAACAACUGAAGGGCUGCAACAGAAGAAAAGUCCUGACCUAAAUUCGAUUAAGAUGCUGUGGCAUGACCUCAAGUCCCACCAGACAUCCCAAGAGUAUCGCUGAACUGAAACAUUUUGGUCAAGAAGAAAGGUUCACAUACUUAUUCCACCCUGCUCCAUGAAAUUUACAUGUGUUCAGUAACUACAUGGAAACAUAUCCUUAUUUGUGUGGUAUUAGUUUAAGAAAACUAUUUGUCAAUUUUUGUAACUUAGAUGAAGAUCAGACCGCAUUUUAUGAUCAAUCAGUUCAGAAAUUCAGGAUUCACAUACUUUUUCUUGACUGUGCAUGUGUAUAAAGUGGAACUCUGUCUACUCGUGGGUUCACCUAUCUGUGGAUUUUUUUCCCCCCAAUUGUCUUCCAUAUACAAAAAUGUGUUUUCAAGGUUUAAGGUAUAAUAGUUUACUGUACUGUAUAAAUAAGCAAGUAUUUUUGUAUUAGGUUUCCGUUUAAUAUCAGUGAUAAGAAAGUUUUGCUUUAAAUUAUUUGCUUACCACAUUAAAGCGUCACUAAAGCCUUGUAUACACAUACCGAAAAGGCCCGAUUAAUGGAUUCAUUUCAAAGAUCCUCCUGAGAGCGCUUUCCCUCAUCAUGUUAGGCCUCUUUCAUAUUUAAAAAUUUAAGAUGUUAAAAAUCGUAUGUAUUGCGCUUUAGAAAUGAAAUCGCUUUUUGUGGCCUAAGUAAAAGUACAUCACACUUUGUUGGAAAAUUAUUUUAUAUAUGGGGUAAGCGGGUUUGUUUUAGUUGUAUUGUUGCUUUUAUUUGUUAUAACGAGAUAAAUUAGACCGUCCACCUCCAGUUUGACCCAAGGUUGUCAUUUUGUUGGGUUUUAUUUGUUGUUGUGAUGUUAUGUUGUCGAUUAGAAGUGUUUGGUGUGAAAUAAACAAGCAAACUAAACAAAACAAAACACUGCAUUUAAGAAUUAUGUGCCAUAUUAGGGGGCUGAAUAUCCCUUGUUUGGCGUUGUCGGCUUUAAGAAUGUUUCAUGACCAAUAGGUUGACGUAAUUAAACACCAGUUUCUGAUGUUAAAAAAUGUCUAAUCCAAAAAACUGAUAUUUUUUUUUCCAAUUGUCAUCAUUAGCUGUUUUUUAAAUUUUUUUAUUUUUUUUGCUGUACUCAUGCAAGACCUGUCAGUUCAAUCCUGAUUUUCCUGUCAGCAAAAGCUGUGUCCAGUGAUUUUUCUUAUGAAAGUUAAUAAAAGAGGGAAAUUUUG